AUUGAGCUCAAGAUUCAGCAAGGCAACACUAUUUAACCAUAGACAACUUGUCAACUCUAUGAAAAAUUCUUUUUUCUUGAUCCCGGUUAGAGUAUAAACUAUGGCUCCACCACAGCCGAAGGCGGCGGCCAAGCCCGCUGCGGCGCCCGCGGGCGGAGUCAAGAAGGCUAAAGUGAGCAGGCCUAGGAAUUAUGACCUGGGCAAUGGAGUAGUUCGCUUCUCCAAGUCGAAGAUGUUCCACAAGAAGGCCAAGUACAAGUUCGUCGGCAAGAAGAACCCCAAGGCUGAGAAACCCAAGAAGCCCACCGUUGCGGUGAAGCAGAUUGGCGGAGAGAAGAACGGAGGGACACGCACAGUGCUCCUGGGCCGCAGGAGGUCUUUCUACCCCACACAGGACAAGAUCCGCACCAGGCCGCACCACAAGACUUUCCGCAAGCACGCGCGCCACAUCCGGCCCAACCUGACUCCCGGGACAGUCUGCGUGCUGCUGGCCGGCCGCCACGCCGGCAAGCGCGUCGUGCUGCUCGGAGCCCUGCCCAGUGGCCUGCUGCUCGUCACCGGGCCCUUCGCGUUCAACUCGUGCCCGCUCAGGCGCAUUCCCCAGCGCUACGUCAUCGGCACGUCCACCAAGCUGGACCUCGGCGCCUUCCGGCUGCCGGCGCACCUCGACGACGCCUACUUCAAGAAGAACAAGCGGAGCACCAAGCGCAGCGUCAAGCGGAAGCAGGGAGAAGACAUCUUCGCCACCAAGAAAGAGAAAUACGUUCCAUCAGAGCAGCGCAAGACCGACCAGAAGCUGGUGGACGAGGCGGUGAUCAAGGCGGUGGGCGCGCGCGCCGACAAGAAGGUGUUGCGUGGCUACCUACGCGCCGCCUUCGGGCUGCGCUCCAGCCAGUACCCGCACAGACUGCGCUUCUAGGCUAAGAACAAUAAAUAACCUAUAAACUAC